AUGUGUCAUCCUGCAGACCCAGCCACCAUCACCACCCCCGCUUCGACCAGAUCGACCGAUGGAAAGAUAUCGAUCGGUAUCGAAUACGAACUGUUCGUCAGGGUCCAGAAAAACGGCCAAUCCGAGUCGAAGAUGAAGCGGAUGUCGUCAAAGGGUCGGGUCGUCCCCAUGGAGCUAAACCUCGACAAGCUGGACUUUUCCCUGCUCAAAACCCUGGUAAUCCAGCACCUAGAAAACAUCAACGUGCGGAUUUAUCCAAUUGAGAUCAUUGCCGCGCAAGCAGACCGGGCAUCUGCCCUCGAGUGGUCGUACAUCAUACUGGAGCCGGGCGAGUUUGACCGGGACACAUCAACAUUGGCCGAGGAUAAUGGCUCGUUUAAAUCGUUUGUCAAUGCCGCGCACAAGUCCUCUAAAGAUGCGGAGAUCUACUUGAUCCUCAACAUGGAAAAGGACAAUCUUGCCAUUGUCACUGUGGUAGUUAGUGAUUUGCCCCGCGAGCCUGCCGGCGGCGCCGCGGUCUCCUUCAACUUGAACGCCAUAUCAAACAAACGUGCGAGCGCCAACCAUUCUGCCAAUCAAUUUCAAAUGUCUCAUGUGAUCAUGGAUCGCUCGCUCCGACCAGCGGGAUCGCUCCAACCAUCUCAGCCAAACUCAUCCCACCAAGCAACCCCACCUCUGACAAGACUCGCCGCUCACAAUAAAACGAACGAAUCUGUGGCAGGCCGUUUUACUCCUCGAUUCCGUGCACGCACAAUACCGGCAGGUACAGGAGUCACCAGCCCCAUGCGAGCUACUAUCAGCCCGGCCCGACUGGCUGUGGCUCCUUACACAGUCAGGAGCCCAACUCAAGGGGCAUCGGCUGCAAUCCAUCCUGACCUGGAUGGUGCGGCUCGAGACAAAGAGCUGACCCCUAUCAUCCCUAUGCUGCGUAGCAAGAAUGAAGAUAGCAACCCCGGGCCCAAUAACGCCGGUGACGUUCCAGACGGACCUGAAGAUAGCAACCCCGGGCCCGAUAACGCCAGUGAUGUUCCAGACGGACCUGAAAAUCACCGCAGUGAGCCGACGCCAGAUGAAACUCCCCUCCAACAGGAAGCCAUGUCAGUUGAACGGCUGGCAGAUGAACUGGGCCUAGAUGUUGGUCAGAUCGAGCGGGUCCGACAAGUCGCAGCCCUGUCAGAGGCUGAUCGUGUGCUGGCUACGCUCAUGUACCUCGAAUCAAUCCGAGCUCGAGUCAAACCAUCUGGUACCCAGCGUGGGCCCGAACAUGUCCCAGCCCCCGUCCAUAUCCCCCCUGUUGAUGUCAAUCCCAGUAGGGGGUUUAUUUACCAUCGCGAUGUCCGAGUACGUCAACCCACCCAAGAUUAG